AUGGUAAAACAAUUAACAGCAAAAAUUGGGCCAUCAAUUUUAAAUUCUGACUUAGCAUCUCUUUAUGAUGAAUCACAAAAAUUAAUGGAUUCUGGAGCUGAUUAUUUACAUCUAGAUGUAAUGGAUGGCCAUUUUGUUCCUAACUUAACGUUUGGUCAUCCAAUCGUUAAGUGCUUGAGAAAUAAAAUUAAAAAUGCAUUCUUUGAAACUCACAUGAUGGUCUCAAAACCUGAACAGUGGAUUGAACCAAUGGCUGAUGCAGGUGUUAAUCAAUAUACAUUUCAUGUGGAACCGGUAAAAGAUGUAGCAUCAGUUUGUAGAAAAGUUCAAGAAGCUGGAAUGAAAGUUGGAAUAGCCUUGAAGCCAGCUACUCCCGUAGACGUAGUUACUGAUUAUGUUGAUAUGGCUGAUAUGAUUCUUGUUAUGACGGUUGAGCCUGGAUUCGGUGGCCAAAAAUUUCUGGACAAUAUGAUGGAUAAAGUUAAAUGGUUAAGAAAAAAUUAUCCAACACUUGAUAUUGAAGUUGACGGAGGUGUUGGACCGACUACCAUUCAUGCCUGUGCUGAGGCCGGAGCUAAUAUGAUAGUUUCCGGAACAGCAGUGACUAAAUCAGAAGAUCCAGAAAAAGUAAUAUCGUCUUUAAGAAAUACAGUAAACGCAGAGCUAACAAAAAAUUUAUAAAAAUGAUAAAAAUUUAUUUUUACAUAUUAUAUAAGUUUAUUAAUUCGUAA